AUUUGUUGGCCCCGGAAAAUACCCGACGUACGAACACGUCGCUAUCGUAAUCACACCGACGUAAACAAGAGCGAGUCUCCCGAUUCAUACCCCGAGGAGUACUUUGUUGCGCCGUGUGCUGCGUUGUGCUUAUCCAGCAACUUUUGAGGCUCUCGCGCGUGAGAUGCGAAACUGAAAAGCAAGUGGCAACUGUUCGUCGAGUGUUGAUACUGCACGGUAUCACGGCUGAUACGUACCACGGAUAAUUAGAGUUAUGUGUCCCGUAGAGGAAAACGUGUACGUAAAGUGGAGUGUCGUAGUUCUUUAGUCGCCGUCGUGUCGUCGUUGUGUCGGUUGACUUCGCUGUUCCUGCUGCUCGCUGCUCGGUGUAUUAAUUUUACCAUUAACCUCUUCCAGUUGAUGAUCUGUGCCGAGGGCUAAUGACGCCGUUGUUCCAACUUCUCUACGACAAAUGUUCUAGUGACAAUCUCGGAGCAAUGUAACCCUCUCGUGUGACGUCACGUACCUAAUCAAGUGCACGCACACAUUGAUAAAAACGACACCAGAGAAACUGAGAGCGCGGGCGCGCGGGCCUCUAUAUACAUUUUAUUACAUUCGCGGACCGUGGAUAUAUCGCUGGUACAUUAUAUUGAAUUACGUUACAUUGCAUCGAAUUGCAUUAUUUACAUUGUAAAUCAAAGUGCCAGUGAUUCCAAGUGUCAGUGUGUCUCGGGGCAAAGAACAAAAAACCAAAAAGAAACUAGUUAGUAUCCAACGUUUGUUCUCUUCUUUCUUUUUUGAACACAACAUGAUCGGAGUCGAAUUUUUAACGCGCAUGUGGUAUGUACACAUUUCACGAGGGAAGAAAAAAUAUAAGUAAAAAUAUUGUGCUGCAAAUUAUCGAGUGACAAAGUGCGAAAAUAAAAUUUGAAAACAAAAUUAUACUAGUAACACAAAAGAAAAGGAAAAAACUCAACAAAAACACCGAUAAGUGAAUAAUAAUUUCAGGAAGGUGGAUAAUAUUAAAUGUAAACUGACCGUAAUGUAACUCUAUGACAUAGUUACCUUUAAACCUUAAAAGAAUUUUAAAUGAGUCGUGAUUUUGUGAAUUGAGGAUUUAUAAAAGUUUGACAAAAAUAAACAACAACAACAACAAAAAACUCAUCUGUGCGAAGGAGGCUGACUAGUGUGAUUAUAUGCAGUGUGUGUUGGUUUUUUAUAAUAACCUAGUAACGUAUCUAAUAUAGUAACGUAUUCGUAUGUGACGAAAGUAUAAUAUAAUAUACAUAUACACACGCCCUUAUAUAAAACAGUAACGAGUAAUCAACAUUAAACAAACGUCAACAAGAAACAAAGUGACACAGUGUUUUCUAGAUCAGAGUUAUUUUCGUUUGAAGUACAGCAGUGAUCACGGAUUUCUCUUCGCUUUAUCAUCUCUCGCCUAACCUCGAUGAGAGGAGGCACAUGUCAAUUGUUGCUGCUGAAAAUGCAGGGCCUGGCCCAUGUGAUCUACAGGACCCAUUGUGGGUCAAAAUGAGUGCAGUCACUGGCAACAUUACCAAGAAACGAAAAAAAUCAGAUGCAAAGCCGCAGUCUCAGAUUAACAAGUGCCUUAAUGAGAAGAGACGCAGGACCCAGGAGAACCUCUACAUCGACGAGCUUGCCGAGCUGAUCUCCGCCACGGACAUGAGCUCUGGCAAGACCGAUAAAUGUCAAAUUCUCCAGAGAACCGUCGAUCAGAUUCGGCACAUAAGACAACAAGAAGGCUCUAAUAGUCAUGCUGUACAACAAGGGGAAGUUUCCUCAUCAAAUCCUAACAUAUUAUCUAAUGACCAAGUUGGCCCCAUUUUACUUGAGGCGUUAGAUGGAUUUCUAUUCGUUGUGAAUACUGAAGGAAGAGUCGAGUACGUAACGGAUAAUAUAUCCCAAUAUAUUUCUUAUACUAAGGACGAUGUGUUUGGAAAAGAUAUCUAUAACAUUAUUCACCACGGGGAUCAUAAUACUUUUAUGCCAAGCCUGCUUCCGAUGUCAAUAGGGUUGUCAAGCGAGCCUCAGCAACAAACUAGAAAUCGUACUUUUAACUGCCGCUUUUUGGUGAAGCCUCCAGAUGAUAAGGAAGAGACUAUGGAAGAGAAGCAACAACGUGUAUCAAAGUACGAAACUAUGCAAAUUUGUUCAGCUCUCCUUCCAAACAAUACCGAUCGCUUAGAGAGCGGAGACGUAUCCUCAGAAUCCUCAGAAGGACCCUGCAUGAUGUGCGUCGCACGGAGAAUACCAUAUAGUGAAAAACCAAUCACGUCCAUUAAACAAUUCACGGUCAAACUCGACACUAACGGCAGGAUCGAAUGGGUCGAUGCAAGUGGAUUGUCGUCCUCAUACUCCAAGUACAUAAGCAAGGACCUAAUCGGCACGAAAAUACAAGAUUUGUGUCAUCCCCACGAUCUCAAUAAGCUUACUGUCCAUUUGGAAGAUACGCUGCGUGCCGGUGAAGGCACGAGUACAAUUUAUCAAUUGCGUGUAAAAGCGGACAAGUUCCUUCAUGUUCAAACAAAGUCAAAACUUUUUAAAGCAAAUGUGAUGAAUGGCCACGAAACUGACUUUAUGAUGUCGACGCACUCUAUCAUUGGGGACAAUGAGUUAACGCCUAUCGAGGGUGGUCAGCUUUCCAACAGCAAAACGUGCUCAGGACACUCUAGUAACCGUUGUACGAAUAAUAGUAAUAAUAAUAAUGGUAACAAUAACAAUAACGUCGGUGGUCCAUUGAUGACCGGGGCUCAUCUUAACGGUCAAUCGAGUGGCAAUGGCCGGGGGCUGGCAGCGACGCGUGCACCAACGUCUUCAAACUUGAAUGUAUUUAGUGCAACCGAUUCGUGCAACCCCUUAACUUCGCUAAGUACAACGAGUAAUUCGUUCAACCAAUUUUCGGGGAACAUGGACUUGGAAUUCGAGCUGUUCCCGAGUUCCACAUGGGACUUGGACAGCGGAAGUGGUUGGGGAGACCGACCCGAGUCGAGAGCGAGUGGGCGAACAAAUUCACGACCUCCCUCGCAGCCAGCCCCGGCAUCUCCGAGCCCCCAAGGAUCUUUCUCCGUUAAUUCUGCUACUGCAACAUCUCACUGCAGUCCUCUGCGCGCAUUCAGCCCAACGUCAGCGCACACCAAUAGAUCCUUCAGUAAUCCCUUCCCGUUCAGUCCGCUUCAGGAAACUCAACCGUCUGUCGCCACGGCACCUUCGACAGUCAAUAGCAAUGGAGGUUCGGCUUGUAAGAGAUUGGAGGAAACCAAGGGGUGUUCGCUUACUGCGCCUACCCACGUUGAGGCUAAUCCGAAUCAGUAUCCCACGGUGCCAGCACCAGAAACACAGAACUGUGUGGUUUCCACCGAGUCUGGCAGGCUCAGGAACCUUUUGACUAAGGGGGCCAGUGCCAGCGACGAAAAUCAAGAAAAUACCAAUACCAGUUCUGAUAACCAGAAUAAACAUAGGAUACUGAAGAAGUUGCUGAACCAACCGGAUGACGAGGAUCUUCAUCUUGAUGAUCAUGAAAAAGUCCGAGCUAGCCCCAAUAGUAUGCCCAAACCAAGCAACGAUCAUUCCAAGACGUCCGGUGGGAAUAAUAUGCUAUUGCAGUUGUUGAAUGACAAAAAUGACGACGACGACUUGGUAACCAGAGCGGGUAUAAAAAAGAAGCACGAACUUCUCCAGCAGCUCCUAAAAGACCAGGACGAAGAAAGAAAAAUUCAGGAUCCUCAGAAUCGAGAUGAGGAUCCUCUUUUGAGAAGUCUUGGGUUUAGAAAUGAUACUCCGCCUCCGUCGCAAUCAAGCGAACACGGAGGUCAGUCUCAAGUGGGUCAGAAAAGACCAGGUGAAGAUGGAAAUGAAAAUUUGGCUGUUAAACGUACGAUGGAAGGAUCGCAUCACGUCUCUUCUUCGGGAAGUAAUGCAUCCUCUCAACCUCCGACGAGCAAAUUAUGGGAACGGAAUAAAAUGCUCGCUUCGUUACUAGCCAAACAACCGUCCCAACACACCACUAUACCUCCGAUACCCAAUUCGAUUUUAACCGCGACUCCGCAGGAUAAACUACCACGGGUCACUCCGAUACCACCGAAAUCUAGGUCUAAUGUACAGACGGCUGUUAGUAAUUCCGCGACAACGACAACGACAGCUUCCGCUCGUCCUCCGAUGCAGAAUCAACCUAGACCACUACCUCGAAACCAAACUAACUUAUACAGCAAUGAACCAUUGACUCAGCCUCAGAGACCACCAAUGACUUCGUUGCACCCGGAAUUCGGAGUAAGUGGGGGAGAAUAUCGUCGACCUAGUGGAGGUGGUAGUCUUCAGAUUGAUCAUAACAAUUGGGAAACUCAGUCAUCUGAUCCGUUACUCUCCGACAUACUCGACGAGUUCAUAGAGUUCGUACCGGAUGAAACAAUGACAGAUUCAACAGCGAUCAUAAAUCUUUUAGACGUCAUCGAACCACCUCAAAAUAAUGCUCUGAACGAAAAAAUGGCAGCGAUCAGUGCCAUCCAGAAGUCGUUGAUGCUCUGCGAAACUGCGGUCAAUCCUACGUCUUCCACGAUUACAAUGCCCGGGACUCCGCCUGCCUAUUCUACGGCGUUGGGAAAUACUCCUGUAACAUCUGGCCACAGUUACCAGCCACCUCCGAUGUACCAACAGCAACAAAGAGCAAGAUUCCAUCUCCAGCAGAAUGCUGGCAGACAGCCAACAGCUCAGUUCAGUCAGCAGCAACAGCUACAGUUGCAGCAAAGAACUAAGUUGAUCCAGCAACAACAACAGCAGCAGCAACAACAACAACAACAGCUCAAACAACGGCUGCUUCAACAACAGCAACAACAGCAACUCCUUAUCCCCUCUAACGCAACCGCUACCGACCAAAUAUCAACAGAUAUUCAUAAUAUUGAUAGUUUGUUGAACAACACAGUGGCGCCCAACGUUUCGUUGCAGCGAUCGAGCGUCCCUGACUCUCAGGUAUCCCCGGGAUAUGGAGGAUUAUCCGUCCAGUUGCCUCCGACCCAUCGUCUUGGUCAUUCGUACUCUCACCCUUCAACGUUACCCCAACAUUCUGUUGUAAACAGUAACUUUAACAACGGGCAACAAGUUACCGCAUCGGCAAGACUUUCUCCACAUUCACCUGCUGGUAUUUUGCCAUUUUCACAUCCGCAGGCGCUCUCGCCAAGGAUAUCACAGGGAAAUUACGGUAAUGCGCCGAGGAUGUUUGUCAAUCAAGUGAGACCUCAGCAGCAGCAAACAGCGCCGCAGCAACAGCAACAGCAACAACAACAACAACAGCAACAACAACAGCAACAGCAGCAACAACAGCAGCAGCAACAACAACAGCAACAACAACAACGUUCUAUGCCAUCGCCUGGAACGCCUGCGUCUGCGAGGCAGUCUCCUUACCCUGCAGAUACGUUUCCACCACCACCUGCAUCACCUACGGCAAGCCAAUUUCCACCAGUUCCAAAUACAGGGGCAGCAAAUCCUUCGGGACAAUACAGACUUCAGCGAACUGCCUCUACACCUUCAGCAACAACCCAAUUGCCAGGUGGGAUAACCUCGCCGAGGCAUUAUGGAGGAAUGAAUAAGGAACAGCCUCUACUAUCGCCCAGCCACCCUCAUUCCGGCUGCCCCUCUCAGCCAUCCCACAACCAACAUAAUGUCACCAACACCCAACAUCUAUCGAACCAACAACACUCUUCUAUGAUUUUUCACCCAAACAGCACACUCAACUCCGCUGACGUACAGAAUAACCCAUUCUGUUACGAUCGAGCGCCUGUUUCACUCUAUUCGACGGGGCCUGGGGAUACGUCGAACACCAGGCCUCUGCCUCCCAGCAAUCCCAACAGUCACCAAAUGGGUGGUAAUGCUGGAAGCAGCAGUACCAUGACGUCCCAAUUUGUACGACAGGAGUUGAGAGCUAUCGUUGGUGCUCGAACACAGCAACAACAACAGCAGAGGAUACCUAACAACAUACAAAACAAUCUAUCUGGUCAAGUUUCUCAGGAAGAGCUCGAUGCCCUUGGUCUAACAUACGAGAUGUCCUCCGCAGGUGAGGCUGUGGUUAGCGAUGGCCCCGCCAAAAGCUGGGCCAUUGGCAGUGCUGGAAGUGCACCCUCUUCCUCCAGGACUACUAUGGAGGAAGCGGUACGAGGUGAUCCAAAGUCAUCCCUUCUUCAAAAACUAUUAUCCGAGUGACUGCGGGCCACUACUUCGGAGAAUAAAAAUAUAUAUUUAAUAUCUAUAUAAAAGGAGAAUAUUCGAAAGGAUGAGCAGCGGAGUUCGCGCGCGUACACAAAAAAGAAAAAAAAAAGAAAAAAAGGAGAAAAAAAAUUAAAUAAACGUUAUACGUAAUGGAUACUAUUGUAUUACACCCAAUACUACACGGCAGUAUGCAGAUACGUAUUUUGCUGAAUACUAUAAAGAAUAACAUGCGACACAACCAAAGAAAUCAUUAAUUAUCAUAAUAAUUAAACAAACUGUAGCCAACUGCGCAUUGAUUGAAGAAAUUUUUUCAAAUAAUGAUACAAAUAAUUAUGAAACCGCGUUUACAAGAUAUAUUUGAGGUAGACAUACGUAAUAAGCUCAAAAGUUGAAGUUUUUUUUUUUUUUUGUAUUCCCCAUCACUUUGUGUGGAGUAUU